AUUAAUCAAUCAAACUGUGUGAUACAUUCUGAAAACACAAAGAUACUAUAUUAAACUAAAAAAAGAAAAGAGAAUAAUAAUGGGCAAGUGGGCAAUCGCAGUACACGGUGGCGCCGGAAUCGACCCAAAUCUUCCCGUAGAGAGACAAGAACAGGCCAAACAGCUUUUAACUCGCUGUCUUAACCUCGGCAUAGCAGCUUUACGUUCCAAUGUCUCCGCCAUUGACGUCGUUGAACUCGUCGUUAGAGAAUUAGAGACGGAUCCUCUGUUUAAUUCAGGCCGUGGAUCUGCCUUAACGGAACAAGGAACGGUUGAGAUGGAAGCAAGCAUUAUGGACGGUACGAAGAGACGAUGCGGCGCCGUUUCGGGGAUAACCACCGUGAAGAACCCAAUAUCUCUCGCUCGUCUCGUCAUGGACAAAUCUCCCCACUCUUACCUAGCUUUCUCUGGCGCGGAGGAGUUCGCUCGUAAACAGGGAGUUGAAAUUGUGGACAACGAGUACUUUGUCACGGAAGACAACGUGGGGAUGCUCAAGCUGGCUAAAGAAGCCAACUCCAUCUUGUUUGAUUACCGUAUCCCACUAGGAUGCGCCGGUGCAGCAGUAACCGAUAGUCCUCUCCUGAUGAACGGUCUUCCGAUAAGCAUUUACGCGCCGGAGACGGUGGGAUGCGUGGUGGUUGACAGAGAAGGACGGUGUGCCGCGGGGACAUCAACAGGAGGUCUGAUGAACAAGAUGAUGGGAAGGAUAGGAGACUCGCCGUUGAUAGGAGCAGGGACGUAUGCGUCUGAGCUUUGUGGCGUGUCGUGUACGGGAGAAGGAGAAGCUAUCAUAAGGUCGACGUUAGCGCGUGACGUGUCGGCUGUUAUGGAGUAUAAAGGUGUUGGGCUUCAAGAAGCGGUUGAUUACGUUAUUAAGCAUCGACUGGAUGAAGGGUUCGCUGGACUUAUUGCUGUGUCGAAUAAAGGAGAGGUGGUUUGUGGGUUUAAUUGUAAUGGUAUGUUUAGAGGAUGUGCAACUGAAGAUGGGUUCAUGGAAGUUGCUAUGUGGGAGUGAGUGAGAGAAUUUAUUCAGAUUUAUUUAUUUAUUUUAAAUGGCUUAGUGUGGUAUUCUUAUCAUCGCUUCUUUGUUGCUUAGUACCUUUCACGAAUUCAAUCUCGAUGUACUUGUGGAGACGAUCUAUGAAAGUUUUAAGCAGCUCCUUUUCCCGCUCCUUGUUUAUAUUAGUUUCAUCACUUUCAUGGGCCC